AUGCGGUUACGGUCUGGACACGUCGUCGGCGUGAGCGGUGCGGCGAACCGAGCGCCGAGGACGGCGGCGGAGGCGCGGGCGAUGUUGCUCGGCGGCGCGGCGUCGUCGACGAAGAUGGCGGACGAGCACAGGCCGGUGUUUCGUCGAGGCGUCAAGGCGGUGUUUGAUCGAUGGACGGCGUUGCAAUUGGCGAUCGUGAACGCGUGGGGGGGGACGGAGAGCGAACAAAAGGCUCGGGACGCCGAGGAGGAGAUCGCGGAGUGGUUCGCGUCGAAGAAAUCCAAGGAUGCGUUGGAGUUGGAGGACAUGUUGAUUGAGAUCAUGGGGGACGAUUUCAACGUCACGUGUGAGGACGGGAGCGAGCGAGAGGUAGCGAACGCGCUGAGCACGAUGUACGAGCAGUGCGCGGUCGGGAACUACGAGAUGGUUACGCGCAUCGAGUCGCUGCCGCUGCCGCGAGAGGCAAUCGAACGGAGCAAACAAAUUGAGGAGGACGAGCGAUGGGCCAUGAACGGAGGCGGGGACAUGGAGCGAGGUGAUAGUUCAAGCGAUGGCGAUGGAGACGACGAGAUGGAGAUCAUGGGAGACGCGGACGAUCUCGCGGAUCAGCUUGGAGGCGCGUUCAACGUUCGCGAGGGCAGCGACGAUUUCGAGGCGACAGCUCGGGCCAAGGCCCGAGCCGAACCUGACGAUGACGGAUGGUGCACUGUGCCCGCGCGACGACGAUAA